AUGAAGAUAUUGGAACAGCACGAGAAGCUUAUAUCUGCGCUGGAAGGAGCUUGUACCGAACACAUCCUGCAAGUCAUCGCAGAGCAUGCGACAAGGGCUGUGGCAAGGCUGCAAGGCACUGCACUGCCCGCUGAUGUGGAUGAUGAUCAUGACCCGGACGAGCACGAAGCUGGCGACUUGGAAGGACAGGACGUCGCAGCCCGUCUGCUCCAAAGCAUUGCCAGUCUUCUGGCCAUGUUGCUGAGCAGCAAUGGAAAUUCAGUUCUGGACGACAUGCAGACCACAGCAGUCAUCCUCCACGACAGUGCUCUGCUGGCUGGCGCGCCCGGCAAGGAGGCCUUGAUUGCGCAGACUCUCCCCUACCUGCUUGUCAGAGCCCUGUCCACCAACCGGUCAGCAGAUGUGAAGCGCUGCUACGCGAUGCGCACCGCUCUAGGUCUGUUAGACUUUGAGGACGAGUCCAUCGGGGACUUGAAGCGGCUGCUGCUGCGCGCCGCAUUCUCCCCAACGUUCCUGCGCUGCAGAGAGGGCCGCCGCUACCUGGCCCACCUCUUCACCCUCGAGCCUCAAAUGGUAAGGGAGCUUGGGGCGAUCAUCCGCAACCAGAUCCCCUCGGGGCGCAAGUCAGUCCUGGAAGCGUAUGGGGAGAUACUGAACCGAGCGUGGCGUGAGAGCACCGCUGCGUCCCUGCUGGAAGUGGAGAAUCUGGUCCAGGGACUGAUGCAGGCAGCAAUCAGCGCUUCAACACAGCCGAUGGCCGCAGCAUUGCGCCGAGUGCUUGACGGCUUCCACCGCGAGAAGGCGGCUCCCGGCGUGGACGCGCUUCUGCUGCGGCUCUACCGGCCAAUCCUGUUUAGAGCGCUGGCCGCGGCCAACCCGGCCGUUCGGCGCAAUGCCCUCGGCCUCCUGCUCGACGCAUUUCCCCUGCAGGACCCGGACGCCAGCAAUGAGGAGACGGAUGAGCUGCUAUCAAAGCAGUUUGCGCAGCUGGGGGACGCCCUCGGAGACGCGGCGCCGGCCCUGCGUGCGGCCGCGGUGGCCGGUGUGUGCCAGCUGCUCAGCACCUUCUGGGAGCUCAUCCCCGCAGCCGUGACCGCCGGCUUCCUAAAGCGGAUCGCAGGCGAGCUGGCGUUUGAUGGCGCCUGCGUGGCAGUGAGGGUGGCGGCAGUGGGGGGCCUGGCAGCACUGGCUCAGAACCCGCUGACUCAGCCGCUGAUGAGAGUUAUGCUGCCCACGCUGCGGCCGCUGAUGUGGGACUCUGCGCUGGCCGUGCGCAUCGCCCUCGCAGACAUGCUCCUCGCCAUCGGGGCGAUGCGCGAUCUGAGCUUUGUGGACGUGGUGCCCCUGGACACUCUGUUGGAUGUCCUGGCCUCCGACUCUCCCCAGGUGGCACAGCGCGUGCACCGCCUGCUGUUGCCGUCUUACUUCCCCGGCCCAGAAGACGGCCCCGCAUGCGUUGCCGCGCUGCUUCGCCAAUCUCCUGAGGCAGGGAAGGCAUUCUGCCGGCUGCUAGUGGGCGGCGAAGAAGCGUGCGUGCCUGUUGAGCAUGCAGUGACGCUGGUGGCGGCUCUGCGCGAUCACUUGCUGGCAUGCACGCCGGCCGCCGCGGCCGACGGCGUAGCCGGCCGGCCGGACACCGCCGGCCGCAAGGGCAAGCGCAAGAAGAAGGGCGACGCACAGCCUCAGCCAAAUGACAGCCAGGCUGCGGAGACAUUGGAGGCAUGGGAGGCCAUGCUAGAGGGCCUGGCAAACCUCUGUGAGGGCCUGGGACACUGCUAUGCAGCAGAUGAGCUAAGCUCUGAUGAGGCGGGCGGCUCAGCUCUUUUCACCGGGCCCCAGCUCACCUCCUUGCUGGGCCUGGCUGCAACCCCUGCAGCGCGCAGCGCCGUGCUGAGCAUUGCCGGGGCCUUCCCGGACUUGGCUGCUUCUGGCAGCUUCCACUCCAGGUGUCUUUCCCAGCUGCUGACCGGCUGCAGCGGCCCGCCGAGCCACGGGGAGCUGCGCAGCGCGCUGCAUUGCCUCGCUGGCACCGAUGACAUGGCGUCUCUGCUGGACCACAUCCUCUCUGCCCUGGACAACGAGAGGCCCCCCUCUGCGCGCAGCCGGACCCUCCACAGCCUGCACAUGUCGCCAGACUCCGCCCUGCGAUGCCUUGAUGCCAUGCUGGCAGACGAGGCGCUGAGGCUGGCGCUGCUCAGCAGCCAGUUAGUGAUGGACCUGCUUCCGGUGCUGCAAGGCCUCGCGCGCAAUUCUGCGAAUGCCCUCCGGUCCCAGAUUUCAUCACGCUUCCCUGCACAGGACGAGGCAGACCUGGAUGACAAUGAUAGGAGGGACACAGAUGCAGAGGGGCAUCCGUCUCUGGCGUUCCCGUCAGCCAGUGUCUAUUGCAAGACAGCGCUGCACCUGCAGCUGACCUCAGCGCUCGUCAGCGCUGCCACGCACCCGCACGCCAGGCUGCACGACGGCGAUCCUGCGCAGCUCAUGACCGGCUUAGAUGGUGCGGAUUCAACAGCGGCUGAGGGGGCAGACGGCGGCAGCGCGGGAGAUGAAAGCCCUGCACAUAUCUGGCAGAGCGUGGGGGAGAUUGCCGUGCGAGAGGCGCUCUCCGACGCCGCGCAGCUGCUUGCAUGCCUGCAAGCGGCCGGCGCAGAGAAUUUGACAGGGGAGAUAAGCGGGGAGCCAGGGCAGGCAACCAGGGUGCCAAAGAGGGGACGGAAGGGCAGAGGCCCUCUGCCAGAGUCGGUCACCGGCAGCCUCGACCGGCUCGCGCUGCUGCGCGCGGCUAAUCAGGCUCUGCUCGGUGCCGCUGCACUGGCGGCCGAUGCUGCGCGGCUGCUGCGGUGGGGAGCGGCCGGUGGGGACACUGCAGACGCGGCGUGCACGCUGGCGGGCGACCUCGUGCAGUGGACUUGCCAGCUAGCUGCGACUGCAGAGGAAGGCAGCGAGUCGGACUGGGCGUCUGCGUCGGCCGCUGCCCUAGGCCAUGCGGCGAAGCUGGCAUACCAGAUGCUUGCAGGGCACAAGCAACGCUCCGCUGCUGCCAGCCAUGCGCUGCCGAACGGCCUGCUUCGCCUGGCAACCACGCUGAUGCAGGCAGGGGCUGGCAGCAGCGAGAGUUGGGUCACAGCUGCUCUGCGGCCCUUCCUGACCGGCUUGGUGGCCGGCCUGUGCCGGCAGUCAGCCAGCCCCGAAGACUGCAGAUGGGCUGAGCCCGUUGCGGCCUCUCUGGGAGAAGGGGUGAUGGAGGCUUCUGCUACUAGUGACACGACAGAUGACAAGAGCACUAAGGGCACGAAGGCACAGACUGCAAAGGCUUCUGCCAACAGUGAUUCUGAGAACAUUCCUCAGAAUGCACAAUCCCCAGGUGCUGGCAGGGAAAUGAUGGCCUUCAAGCCGGACCACCCUUUCCUCAAGGCGGUGCUCCAAGCUGUCAACUUUUCAAAGGUGCAGCCAGAGAUGGCUCUCUGCGCUGCAAAGGCGGCUAGCCUGCAAGGAUCUGGCGCUUGGCAGACAUGUAUCGGGGCUGUCCAGCUGACCUGCUUGGCAGGCUUUGAAGGUGCUGCAAGUGGAGAUCGGCGGAGAGAGUUCACAGAAGUCCUGACCAUGUUGAAGGGCGUGCAUGGGAUGCUCAAGGCUGAUCAAUCGAGCGGCGAGCAGCAGGGUGCCAACGCAAAGGAGUGCUUGCAGACGUUGCUGAACACUCUGGUGCCUCUGGAGUAA